CGGAGCGCUCUACGUCACAGUGAAGUAUGUGCUCCCGAGUGUAGAAAAUGGCUGCGCUCUCCGCUAACACGGGCGGAUGUAAAUACGGUCUGUGGCUCGGUCUAGGAGUGCUCGCCGCGAGAUACCUUGGCGUGCUGGGCAUUGUGUGCUACUGCGACGGACAUUGCCCGGACGGCCGGCAAAAUGGGACCUGCGAAUUACGAGCUGGAGGCCAAUGUUUCAGCGCCGUCGAAGAGGUGUGGGAGCCCGAGUUGGGAGAAUACGUUCCCGAGUGGUCGUUCGGUUGCUUGCCGCCCGCCGAGGGAGGCUUCAUGCAGUGCAAGGGAAAUCAAGUUCCUCACCUACGGGAGAAGAGCAUAACGUGCUGCAACAACACGGCUUUAUGCAACAAAGAUCAAUAUCCCGAAAUAACGUACAAGUCCCGCCCUACCGCGGAUACCAAUCCGAUGGUCAUCGCAUCGGGAGCGCCGCUAAUCAUCUUGGCGGUAGUUCUAUCAGCGCUUUUCGUCAUCGUCUCGAUAGCUAUAGGAAUCCUGUAUCACAAAUGCCGGAAGAAAGAGCGAGACCCGUGUCUGGUGCCCUCACAAGGAACCCUCAGGGACUUCAUUGAUCAGAGCAGCGGAUCGGGCUCGGGAUUACCGCUUUUAGUACAACAGACGAUCGCGAAACAAUUAGCCAUGUCGCAGUGCGUGGGGAAGGGGCGUUACGGCGAGGUAUGGCUCGCUAGAUGGCGAGGCGGCGAAAAAGUGGCGGUGAAGGUCUUCUUCACGUUGGAGGAGGCGUCCUGGUUCCGUGAAACGGAGAUCUAUCAGACGGUCCUCAUGAGACACGACAAUAUCUUAGGCUUCAUCGCCGCCGAUAUUAAGGGAACUGGCACUUGGACUCAGAUGUUGUUGAUCACGGAUUAUCACGAAAGAGGUUCACUGCACGAUUACUUGCAAACAACUGUACUAGAUCAUCAGGCCUUACUAGCAAUCUGUUCGUCGAUCGCUUCUGGCAUCGCGCACCUGCACACCGAGAUCUUCGGUACGCAAGGAAAACCCGCGAUAGCACACAGGGACAUUAAGAGCAGAAACAUUUUAGUUAAGAGGAAUGGAGAAUGUGCCAUAGCUGACUUUGGGUUGGCUGUUCGCUACAUCAGCGAGAGCGGAGAGAUUGACAUUGCCCCAAAUGCUCGAGUGGGUACUCGACGUUACAUGGCGCCAGAAGUGUUGAACCUAACCCUGAAUACAUCAUCCUUUGACGCGUUCAAAAUGGCAGAUAUGUAUUCUGUCGGUCUUGUGUUCUGGGAAGCGUGCAGGAGGUGCGUAACAGGCGGCAAGAAUUCUAUGGUAGAGCCUUACGCCUUGCCUUAUCACGAUGUCGUACCAAGCGACCCGGACUUCGACGAUAUGCGGCAGGUAGUCUGCGUGAAACGAUUGCGUCCAGUUAUUCCAACGAGAUGGGAAAACGAUUCGGUCCUAUACGCAUUAAGCAAAAUGAUGUCGGAAUGCUGGCAUCCAAAUCCACCAGUUCGCUUAACUGCUCUUCGCGUUAAAAAGACACUGUCGAAACUGCACGUUGAUAACGUCAGCAUCAAGAUCGUGUAGUGCUCGACGAAAAACUGACUCUUCUUCUAGAUAAACAACUUCCUACUCCUGUAAAUAUGCCCUUAGUGACAAUAGAAUUGUUAACAGACUGCAGCCUGAAGACUGACGAUUAAAGUUUAUAAAUGUAAGAAAGUGAGAGAAAGAGAGAAUGAAUGACCGUGUGCAAGGACUGUGUGAAUGGCCGAUUGUAGAGGAUAAAUGAUAUGUAUAUAUUGUAUAUAGAGACAUCCGUAUAUAAAAUGUUUCUGAGUCCUUUAUCUUUCAUUGAAGAAUAAUCAUUUUCACGCUGAAGGUAUAAGUCUUCAAAGAAAAGAUGAACGCGGAAGAUUUUUGUGUAUAAUUUUCUUUUAUAUUUAAAUGAACCGUAUCAAAGUUCAAUUUACGAUUUUGAUACGCUUUAUCAUGUUAUCGGCUUGUAAAGCUUGUUAUCGGCUAAUUUUAAUCAUAGAAUAAUUCUUUUAUUAGAUAAUUAUUCUAUAAUUAUAGAAUAGUCAUAUUGUAAUUCUAUAAAGGAAAAUUUAUUCUAUUUUUUUUUUGACCUUCCAGUCAUGAAACGAAUUCAGCGUGCGAAAGUAUCAUUAUAUUCGAUAUGUCACAAUACAAAUUUAUUUUUCCGCAUAGGAUUCAUUUCGCGUUUGCGUCGCGUUACUCUGUUCAGAAUUUGAAAGUGUGUAUGUAACAUGCCUAACGAGAUCUUAUAAAUCUAAGCUAAUACUACUUUACGGCCUAUGUCACACAUGCCGAAAGAGAUUUCUCUUUCAAAGUACCUCGAAAUAUAUUUAUUACUGAAGAUUAGCUUUGCAAUAUACGCGUUGCGCAUAUGAAAUUUGCGUGAAACAAAAAUUAGCGUCACGAUAAUACAUUUUUAAUUUAUGUACGAUUGCAAUUUAUGAUUAUUGCGCGCAAUCUUGUUAAAUAAUUAAAUAUACUGAGGAUACACAUUUUUAUAGAUAAUACUUGAUGCAAAAAAAAUUUACACAUAGGUAUUAAUCGACGAUUGUGCAAAUUAUUAUGCGCAAGCUUAUAUUAUUUGUAAAAUUUGUAACUUAUAUUUCUAACUUGUACAAAUGGAAAUACAUUAAUCCAUUCGAAAUACUAUUUUGGGUAUAUAUAUAUAUGAUCUAUUGUCGAUCAUCCCAGAAUGUUUUCAUUACGCUGCCGAUGUACUCUUCGAAUUUUUAUGCUUUUGUACAGUGAAAGUAAUUAAGAAAGGAGGAAAUUGUGGAAAAAUUAACUAUUAUAUAGUGCAAUAACAGUGUAUUAUGAUGUAACAUUAUUUUAGAAGGCAAUGUAAUCUCGCAUAUCCCUUCGAACUUAUACAUAGCAUUUACUGAAAAUUGUUAAUCAAUCAAAAUAGUUUUUAUGUAAAUUGAAAUAUUGUAAAACUCUUGGUUCUCUUCUUUCUUUAUAAGUAAUUUCAAAAAGAUUUUUCUCAUUGACCAUGUAAGAUUGUUAUACUAUGUAUAAAAUUUCUGUACGUAAUUAAAUGAAACAUGAAAAUUGUAGAUAAUUGUUAGUUGAUCGAACAAUUAAAUUUAUAUUUCCAAAAGUUAAA